AUGGCGCAGCGGGAGCGCAGGGCCCCCGAGGUCAUCGCUGGCGGCUACUUCGACCAGGCGGAGAUCGUGAACCAGACGGAGGGCCUGCAGGACUUCCGCCGCAACCAGGAGGGCCACCUCAUCAUCGCGGAUGACCGGCCUCUCCUGGUCAUGUCGUUCGGCACCAAGUUCUCGGGGGCAAACCCGAGCAAGUACCGGAUCGAGGGGAAGUACGACAUCCCCGUGGGCUACAAGGUGAUCAUCAAGUGGGAUGAGGACGAGAUCGUGUUCAUGACUCGGCAGGGCACCUUCGGUCCCGAGUUCCAGAUCGUGUACCUCCCCAAGAGUCCAGUGGAUUUCACCAUGUUCGAGUGGAACGGUAAUAUAGCCGAGAUCUGGGAUCAGUUUCUGAACGUGAUCGAAGUCAAGCAGGAUAGGGACACCAGCAUGUUCAACCAGGGCCCUUGGCGCACGUUCGGCGUGACCAGGGAUGAGGUUCAGAUCGCCAUCAAGCAGGGUACUGACAGCAAGACGAUCGUGGACGGGAUCCUGUACUGCUCGGACGGCCAGAACCCCAACCUGCAGGAGCACAGGAGGUACCUCAACUUCGACCCCGCAACGGACGAGAACUACGUGUGGAUCUGCCAGGCCUUCAAGGACGAGCCCAAGCCCGCGAACUUUUUCCAGUACGUGAAGGACGGGAUGGUGUACUGGGUCGACGCGAACACCCAGGAGGCGACGUGGAAGCACCCCCACUACGACAAGUACAGGCGCAUGCUGCAGGUGGCGAGGAUCCAGAAGCCCCAGCCCCACUGGAAGUCGAUCAUGGCCUUCCGCAUCGAGUUCCUCCUCGCCAGCUGCUUCACCCCGGACCACGAGGCCAGCGGCGAGAUGCCGCUGGUCGAGACGGUGGAGAACGUGAUCGAGAUGGCCCGGAUCUUCGGCGUGGACUGCAAGAACGAGCCCUACCUGGUCCACGUCUUGAAACGCGCGCUUCGCCACUACGCGAACGCGGUCAGGGAGAAGCGCAAGGUCAAAGAUGUUGAGGACUUCCGCAACCUGAUGCAGCGAUACCGCGACUUGGUCGGCACCUUUGAGCUCGCCAGGGAAGAAGAGGCAAGGCGGAUCGAAGUGAUGAAGCUGUGUGUGCAGUGCAACGAGAGAGACGCCGUCCUCUUCUGCGACCAGUGCAAGGACUUCUUCUGCCAGGGCUGCUUCGACAGGAUGCACGCCAGGGGCCGCAGGCAGAACCACCGCCGGACGUGGGUGGAGAUGGGCAUGUGCGCCGAGUGCCAGGAGAGCAUCGCCCUGUUCCACUGCGUGCAGUGCGCGGACCUGUACUGCAAGGACUGCUACAAGGAUUGGCACAUCCGCGGCGGACGCAGGUCGGGUAGGCAUCCCGAGACCAGCCACACCGAACUGAACGGCGAGGGAGAGACGCACCCGCUGCCGAGCCACGCCGCCAUGGGCCCGCAGGCGCGGAGCCCCUGGUUUAGCUUCGUCGACGAGAACGGCGUCCAGCUCUUCUACAACAUACAGACCGCCCAGUCCAGGCGCGACAUGCCGCUGGACAUCAUCAACGACCCCAUCGAGGACGGCACGGGCGGCGGCCUCGGCGGCGGCUGGGCGGGCACCUGGGGCGGCAACAUGUUCCCGGACCCCCUGGACUCCAGGCCACGCCCGCGGGCCGCCGCGGCGGCGCCACCGCCGUCGUCGAGGUCGCAUCAGGGUCGCCUCGAGGGUUUUUUUUUUGGGGGGGGGGCGGAGUCGUCGGGGAGAGGGGGGGGGUGCGCCGGAGGGGGGGAGGAGGAGGAGACGGAGGAGGAACAGGAGGAGGAGGAGGAGCAGGAGGAUGGAAGGCAGACGAGGAGGAGGAGGAGGAGGAGGAGGAGGAGGAGGAGGAGGAGGAGGAGCAUUAUGGUCGUGAGGAUGCUAGUGGUAUGUUCAAUAAGAUGUACUGCCGUACGCUAA